AGACAUUUUGUCUAGUUCUAAUCUGAAGCACAUGCUGAUAUCCAGUUAUAAAACCCAGGUAGAAGCGUCCGGAUUACGCAUUGUUUGUUUGAGUUCCCAGGGUACGCACGGGUGACAUUGUCGGCCAAUCAGUGGUGAUAGAGAGAGGCAGGGAGUGACACGCAUCAAGGCCAACAACAAACGCAGCACGCGCUCUGCCCUCGGCCCAAGAUGAGCGGAGGGCAGGUAUAUAAACUGGCCCACUGCUACUGACCGGCAUCAUUUGCCCUGGAGGUGACCGACUAGAUAACUGGAUCACAGACACUCCAAAAUUCGACAUGAAGCUGGUGAUCGUUCUCUGUCUGGCGACUCUGGCCCUUGCCCAGUCGGAAAAGGAAGCAAAGAUCGUCAACCAUCAGUACGAAAUAGAUGAGGACGGCACCUACAAUUUGGUUUAUCAGACUUCAAACGACAUCGAGGCCACUGAAACUGGUAAAUCCUACCCGGGAGACGAGCCGGAGACGGGCAACUUCGUGAGGAGCGGCAGCUACAGCUACGUUUGGGAGGGCGUCACCUACACAGUCAACUGGCAGGCCGACGAGAACGGCUACUUUGCCGAGGGAGACCACAUCCCCAAGAAAUAGAAAAUGACGCGAGAAGUUCAGCAUAGUUAAUCUUCUCGUUCUGAAUGCCUACGCCUUUGUCCGUUUAUUUGUCUGUCUGCCUGUCUGUCUGUCUGUCUGUCUGUCUGUCUGCCUGUUUUUUAUGUUCGUGAUGAUAAAUUCGAACUGUUGAUUGCAUCAAGCAUUAAUUAUUCGAUGAACAUGAUAUGUGCUUUGUCUUGUACCAUUGCAAUCGUUGCAAAGAGCAGAAGUUAUCAAAAUUAUUAAAAUGACGUAAUUACUCCAAGUGUGUUAUGCAAUAAUUAGCGUACAUCAAACUGUUAUUCGACCUUCACGUAACUAUACUAUGAUUUGUCUCAUGUGCAUUUGUCUUGUCCAUUGUUUAUUUUUGUGUCCUGAGCUGCGUCUUGCGUGUGUCUGGAUCUCUCACUGCAUGUCAAUGUAACGACAAAGAGCGUGUAUUUUCAUUUACUCGUUCUUAUGUAUGCUUACCUCAACGAACAUGAACAUGUAAGAUUAAGAAUCGUCCAAUACAAAGAACGAUUUUGUAGA